CGGCUUUCAUGUAAUUUUCCAAAAUAGAAAUAGAAAUAGAAAUAGAGAGAGAGAGAGAGAAUUAGGGCAUAAUUUCAUAUUUCUAUCAUUUCUAUGAUAUAGAGAGUCCAUUAUAUAUGCCAAACGCACCCUCUCUCUCCACCAUCUCCGGCCGGCGAAGAUUUCUUCUUCUUCGUCUUCUUUUCUUUCACCACUCCAUCCACCCUCCUUCGCCAUCUUCUUUUUGCCUCCUCAAGGCUCUUCAUUAUUCCUGUGAACUGGCCAACUUAGUGGUAGCUACAACUUGUGGCCAAAUGCUUACCGUGUGGACCUUGUUGCCAGGGCAUUGAACUAAGCAAAACCUUUCCCGGAUACUGAAUUUAGUGGUUAUAUUAUUCUUCAUCUUAGAGGUUUCAUAACCAUAAUGGGUGUCCAGUCCAAAUUUCAGCUUAUUUCCUACUCACAAGAAAUUGUUGAUGGAAAGCCAAUCCAUGUUUCUUCAAAUUGCCUUCCCAUCAAGGCCUUGAGGUUUGAACCAGCUGGGCGUGCCUUCCAUUCUGCUGCUAUCAAACUUCUUGGUUGUGUGCAGGAAGCUGAGGAUGGUGAAGAUCAGAAACCGGCAGGUGAUAAGGAGCAGCAAUAUCUGCCAUCAUUUGAUUCUUAUAGCAGUAAAGGUAAAAAGAAAUCUGGUGCUGAAGGCAAGCAACAAGAUCAUUAUGCAUUAUUGGGUUUGAGCCAUUUGAGAUAUCUUGCUACUGAGGAACAGAUAAGAAAGAGCUAUCGUGAGACUGCCUUGAAGUAUCAUCCUGACAAACAGGCUGCUCUUCUUCUUGCUGAGGAAACCGAAGCUGCCAAACAAGCAAAGAAGGAUGAGAUAGAGAGCCACUUUAAGGCCAUCCAAGAAGCAUAUGAAGUGUUAAUGGAUCCUACAAAGAGAAGACUUUAUGACUCCACUGAUGAGUUUGAUGACGAGGUUCCGACGGACUGUGCCCCACAAGACUUCUUCAAGGUGUUUGGUUCGGCUUUUAUGAGGAAUGGCCGCUGGUCAGUUAGCCAACCUGUUCCUUCAUUAGGUGAUGAUAAAACCUCAUUAAGUGAAGUAGAUAGUUUUUAUUACUUUUGGUAUAGUUUUAAAAGCUGGAGAGAGUUUCCACAUGCUGAUGAAUUUGAUCUUGAGCAAGCUGAGUCUCGUGAUCAUAAGAGGUGGAUGGAGAGACAGAAUGCAAAACUUUCAGAAAAGGCUAGAAAGGAAGAAUAUGCAAGGAUCCGUUCUCUUGUAGAUAAUGCUUAUAAGAGAGAUCCAAGGAUACUAAGGAGAAAAGAAGAGGAGAAAGCUGAGAAACAGAGGAAAAAGGAGGCCAAAUACCUCGCAAAGAAAUUGCAGGAGGAAGAAGCAGCCAGGGCUGCUGAAGAGGAGAAACGCCGGAAGGAGGAGGAAGAAAGGCGAGCUGCAGAAGCAGCAUUACAGCAGAAGAAGGUGAAAGAGAAAGAGAAGAAACUAUUACGUAAAGAGCGAACUCGUCUUCGGACACUUUCAGGGCCUGUGACAUCACAGCAUUUGCUUGAUCUCUCUGGGGAUGAUGUUGAAAGUCUUUGUAUGACACUUGAUAUUGAUCAACUUAGGGACAUAUGUGACAAGAUGGAGGGCAAAGAGGGGCUGGAGCUAGCAAAAGUUCUUAAAGAUGCGCGUGGAUAUAGUAAUGAUUUGGAAAGUAAAAAGGAAGAUAAGAAGAAAACUGAGCAGCCCAAUGGAUCUGUGCAGACUAAUGGAAGUACCCCUUUGAACAGCUCCGCGAAGAAGGAAAAACCUUGGGGCAGAGAAGAGAUUGAGCUUUUGAGAAAAGGAAUGCAGAAAUAUCCAAAAGGAACAUCUCGGAGGUGGGAAGUUAUUUCAGAGUACAUUGGUACUGGAAGAUCUGUGGAAGAAAUAUUGAAGGCAACCAAAACAGUACUUCUUCAGAAACCUGAUUCUGCCAAAGCUUUUGAUUCAUUUCUCGAAAAGAGGAAGCCUGCACCCUCUAUUGCAUCUCCCCUCACUACUAGGGAGGAAAUAGAAGGGGUCUCAACUCCUCAGAAGAGUGAAAACAAUUCUGUGCAGACAGACAUUCCACAAGAUUCUGCAAACAAGAGUGCAAACGACCAGAGUCCUAAUGAUACAAAUGCUGAUGGGGUAUCUUCUAGUUCGGAGCAAGAUGUGUGGUCUGCUGUACAAGAAAGAGCCCUGGUUCAGGCUUUGAAAACCUUUCCGAAGGAUGCCACUCAGCGAUGGGAGCGAGUUGCUGCUGCAGUUCCAGGUAAGACUGUGAAUCAAUGCAAGAAAAAGUUUUCAUUGUUGAAAGAGAACUUCAGAAACAAGAAAAAUGCUGUUUAGUUUGCUCUUGAGGUUGCUUCUGACGUUGCAUGAAAAUAGAUAGAUGCACUCGAGUUCUUGAUGAAAUUCUCUUUCUGAGCAUCUGUUUUUUUAAUAUUAAAUUCUUUGAAGCUACGAAUUUAUGAAGCUACAUAUAGUUAUAAAUCAGAGUAGUUACUUGUGCCGGUUGCUGCCAUCCGGAUUUUGAUGUAAUGCCGUUAUAGGUUUAUAGCUAAUUUGGAAGAGGGAGAUCUAUUUUGAGUUAGUUUUCCAUGAGUAUGAUUUGUACUACAGUAUCCCAGUUUAAUUACAUUCUAAUGGGAGAUAUGAUGGCCCAAUUUAAAGAUGGAAUUAAAAGAGAGAACAAGUGAAAAUCAGUUGAUA